AUGUUGCUAUAAAAACAAACAUCUUGAAAUGUCAUUAUAUAAGACGAAACGAGAUGACAACUUACUAAUGAAGCGAACAAUUACAUGUAUCAAUUUAAACAUGGAUAACUUUAUGGUGUGUAAAUAUUUGAACUAUAUAUUGAUAUUUGUUUUGUUAUCACCAAUGACCACUGGAAAAAAUGACGAAGAAGUUGAUGUUCCAUUAGUCGAUAAUCAGAAUGCUCCAUUGGUUGCGACCCUUGAUAUGUCAAAAGUAAACAGACAUGUAAAGAAAUAUGUUCGAGAGGCCGUUGAAACAAAAAUGGAAGAUAUUGAAGGAAAUAUCAACGAAUACGUUUCUAAUAUUGAAAAAAACGUCAGUGUUGGCAUCAAUGACACACUCAUGUCAAUAGUUGAGGAAAUUUUAAAAGAAACAGGAUAUGGCAACGAGAAUACCGAGAAAACUUUGCAAGUUCAAGAACAGCUAAUAAAUGUAGCAACAAGAUUAAACAUUCUUGAAAAUAUCAUUAAAAAGUGUGUUAUGAAAGAAGUCAAACCUCUGGAAUGUGCCGAUAUCGACUUUAUUAAAGAUGGCGUUUUCCUAAUUUUUCCAAAGGGUUAUAAUCAUCCAAAAUACGCUUAUUGUGUUUUGAAAGACAAUAGAAAAUGGACGGUAAUUCAACGACGUUUUGACUUCACUGUUAAUUUUACUAGAACAUGGAACGAAUACAAAGAAGGAUUUGGUAAUGUUAGCGGAGAACAUUGGUUAGGGAAUGAAUAUAUUCAUGCAAUAUCGACUAAUGAACAACAUAAGGUACGAUUCGUGCUGGAAAAAGAUGGAACAGAAAAAUAUGCGGAAUACUCAAAUUUCCGAGUCGAAGAUGAGCUAAAUAAAUACAUGUUGAAUAUAUCAGGCUAUAGCGGUACUGCUGGCGAUUCCUUAAUCAAUGUACGUUAUCAUGGAGUAGCAAAUAGACAAUUCUUUUCUACUUAUGACCGAGAUAAUGAUGGUGCCAAAUAUGGUAAUUGUGCAAAUGACAAUAAAGGUGGAUGGUGGUACAAUCAAUGUUAUCGUGCAAGUCUGAAUGACAUGAUUGGUGGUAAAAUUGAUUGGAUUGUUAAUAUGGGUUACUACUUGGAAAAAUCGUUGGUAAUGAUAACAAGAGAAUAAAAACAUGUACAAAUUG